AGGCGUGUUGAGGUUAGUCCUUUAACCAAUCUAACCAUGCCAGAAUUUGAUGGUUGACGGCUUGGCUCUGGAAGUAGGGCGUCCGGUGCUCGUUAUUUCUCCGUUUUGUUGACUGCAACAGCUUAUGAGCGGAUUUCGGGGAUCUUCAACGGCAGAAGUAGAGAAGGGAUGCAAUGGACGCCUCCGUCGGCGAGGAGCUUGGGGUGGGCUUCGUCUUUUCCUUCAUAACAACACUUGGCGAGGAAUUCGAGGGGCAGAUCAUCACCUAUGACCGCCCUACCAACAUCGUCAUCAUUCAGGAGGGAGCUUCGAAGCCAGGCGGGCGCCGGAAUAUUCGUUUUCUUAAAACGACCUAUAUCAAGGAUCACACUUCCCUGCGAUGCGGCGAUAACCCGCUUGACAGCAAAAAAUGUUUCCUCGAUCUGGCAGUAUUGCAAGCAAGGGAGGAAGCUGCUUUAAGGCAAGCUGAAAUAGAAGCAGAGAGAAUUGGUGUUGGUGUCACUAGCGAAGCCCAGAGCAUUUUUGAUGCAUUAUCUAAGACGCUUCCAGUACGUUGGGAUAAGACUGUCAUAGUUGUGAUGGACGAUGUUCGAGUGAACUGUCCGUAUUUCCCUGAAAAUGUUAGCGGAGGGACACCGCCUGCUAAUGAGAGGGUCAAGAAAGUGCUGGAACUUGAGAGGAGAAGAUUACAAGCUCGUUCAUCAGCUUAGAUUUCUUGAUCCACUUACCAGCACAUUGUAAGAGUGGCCGGCUUGCAUAGCAUCUAGCUGUAUUUUAGAUUUAACAUUCUACGUUUUGGAUUGCAAAUAUGCUCUAGUAUGUAAUUUUGUGAGAAUUUCUGUAGCUUCUAGAAAAAUGUUUAUCAGAUUUGAAGAAUCUGCUUUAUAUUUUUGUUUUGCUAGUUCUUUUUUUUUUUCAUGUAUUGUGAUGGAAUAAGGUGUAUAUUAAAAUGACUUCAAGGUAAUCCUUGUUAACUAAUAA